AUGGCUACAACAACCUGGGUACCCAGCCAACAGGAGGUCAUUGUCAGAAUCGACGCAAAUGCAAAGAUGGGACUUGAACAACAGUCCGAUGUGCUGGGAAAAUGGAACAAGAGGAAUCAUCGGCGUCAUAAGCUCACGUGGCAUCAGUCACCUAUUCCGAAAUCUGAAGAGCAGCGCAAGCAGAAGAUGAGAUAUCUCAAACUACAACAGCAACUACGUUUUGAGGAGGAACAUUCUUUAGUCGAGAAUUUCGAGAUCUAG